GUUUAGCUGCCUGCGUGUUUGUUGACGCGUGAGUCAGGCGCCGCGUCGCGUCGACAGCGUGUGGAUCGGGCGCGUAUCAGCCGCGGGCGGAGAAGGGCUGCAGCAUUUUGAUGACAGCGCUGCAAGCGUACGUUUGUUGGCGCAUCGCGGCAGGAGUGGUGGGCUGGGCAUGGCUGCUGCUAGGCCUCGCGACGGACCGGCUCGGCGCGACAAAUGCAUUUACGGCAGCGAUACAUGUGACAGCCGUCAGGACUCGUCUUUGGAGCAUCGUUAUUUGCUCUGUCGCAGCGUUUUGGCUGCGCCACCACCGAGCUAGCUUGGAGGCGUGCGGGUAUUCACGACAUACCGGUCCUUCCGACUGUCCCAUGCCUCAGCGGCGGAAUGGUGCUCGCGUGCGGGAACGCGCUUGGGAGCUGGGAGCGAGCUGGACGCGCGCGGCGUAAACCCGCGGCGAGCGCGGGCCGACCCCCGGAAAUCCGGCCAGGCGGCGCACGGGUGCAUCUACCGUGUCCGUGACGACGGGUGAGACCACGGGACCCGAUGGGUCGCGGCGAGGCCGGUUUGGGACAGCCAACCCAUUUGGGGUCCAGCAAAUGCGCCGUUCACAAAACUAGGCGCAAUUGUAGCCAGCAUCUCGACCCGCAGCACUCGCUGGUCAGCGCAGGGCUCCCACAGCAAACGCUCGAACACGUCUCGCGACGACGCGCCGCCUUUUGCGCUGCGAGACGCGCUGAAACAGCCCACCUGUUGGCUCACAGCCUAGCCGCCGCGCAGCGCCCUAGCGCGCCCGCCAGCGGUCGAACAGCGCUCCAGAGCCGCGCAAGCGACCGCGCUGCCACGAGGCACCGCGCCGCCGCGCCCAAAACCAACACCAAAAACACCCGAGCCGGAAAAGGCCGCGGAACGCCACGCGCCGCGCCAAAACCAAAACAAGCACCGCCGGCCGUAAGAAGCCGGGUUAGAAACAAUGUCCAAGAUGAACCACUCCACGCAAUGGUCCUCGUCCGACGUCGGCGGCCUCUGCUGGGUCUCGGACCCGGCCCAGGCCUACAUCGAGGCACGCGUCACGUCCGUCGAGAAAGGAGUGGUCCGCGCCGAGGCCUCGGACGGCCGCACCUUCGACGUGGACCUCCAGCUCCCCCUCAAACCGCCCUCGAGGAAGCAGAAGGAGCCGCCUCGGCGCAUUUUGCAGCGCGUCCCGCUCACGACGAACAACGGCGUCGAGAACAUGGACAACCUCCAAUCGCUACAGGAGGCGUCGAUACUGGACAACAUCCAGCACCGCUUCCGUAUGGAUUUGAUUUAUACCAAUACCGGUCCUAUUCUGAUAGCGAUGAACCCGUUCAAGUGCGUAUAGGCGUCCGCUGUUUCACUACUUUGAGUCGAGAGAGGCGCGUCGCGUCGAUGGCGUCGAACGAGCGCGCCGCGCCGUCGCCGCGAGAGAACGCGACGUCGGACUGCGUCGCGGCGUCGCGUCGAUGGCGUCUGGCGCCGCUUCGAUGGCGUCGACGCGCGCACGCCAACGUCCCGCCCCGCCCACGCGAGCGCCGCGCCAUCACACGCAAACAAAACGCAGGUGGCUCCCCAUCUACGGCGACGACGUGAUUGGGCGGUACCACAACGCGCCCUACGGGAGCCUGCCGCCCCACUGCUUCCAGGAGGCCGAGGACGCCUUCUCCUCUCUGCAAAAAACGAGACGGAACCAGGCCGUCGUCAUCUGCGGCGAGAGCGGCGCGGGCAAGACGGAGACGACGAAGUUGAUGCUCCACUACCUCGCCGUCGUGUCGAAACGCCAAAGCGCCAGAGACGCCAAGCUCAAGGGCACGACGCAAUCUACGGGUCCGACGAUCGCCGAGCGCAUGGUCGCGUCGAACCCCCUGUGCGUCGCAGCGUUGUAUAUGAACCUUCGUACGCCAUCUUCAUGAAUCGUCGCCAUCUCCUGAUGAAGUGGGUGGUCUCUUUUUCGAUUUCGAGCCGUUUCGGGUCGCGUGACUCGUCAUGCACACAGGCUCGAGGCCUUCGGCAACGCCAAGACGCUGCGGAACGACAACUCUUCAAGAUUCGGCAAGUUUACGCGCUUCGACUUUGAACGUAAUAGCUCCACGAUCAACGGGGGCCACAUCGAGAAUCUACUACUGGAAAAAGUGCGAGUGGUAGAACAGUCGUCUGGUGAGAGAAAUUAUCAUAUUUUCUACCAGCUGUGUGCCGCGGCCAAAGCUGGCAAGUUACCAGGACAAGCCGGCAAGGCCCUGACGGGAGACGCCUCUACCCAUAUCUACUCCAAGACCUGUACGUCGGUCGAUGACAUGGACGACAGCGAGGAGUUCGACGCCACCGUAGCCGCCCUAGACGCGUUAGGUGUGAAAGGCGCCGAGUUAGAGGCCAUCUUCCGCGCUGCUGCUGCUGUAUAUGUACUAGGUGAUGUUGAAUUUGCUGAAGACGGCGACGGCUCCAAAAUAUCAACACAAGCUCCGUUAGAUACGGCCGCAUCUUUACUAGGUGUGUCGUCCUCGAAGCUGGCCCAGGCCCUCUGUACUCGUGUAAGGGACGUCGCGGGCGAGGGCGGCGUGCGAGACAUCGUCACCACUCAAAACACGCCUGAGGAGGCUUCUACCCUGAGACACGCCCUCGCCAAGGCUACGUUCAGCCGCCUCUUCGACUGGCUCGUGCAAAGAGCCAAUAAAGCGUUUGACAAGUCCGACCAGAGCCAAUUCAUCGGCAUCCUCGACAUCUUCGGCUUCGAGGACAUGGCCACCAACGGGUUUGAACAAGUAUUUAUUAAUACGACCAAUGAACAAUUGCAGAAGGUUUUUAAUGAUUUGGUGUUUGAGGCCGAGGCCGAGGAGUACACGCGCGAGGGCAUCGAUUGGGACAAGACCUGCUUCCCCGACAACACGCCCUGCAUCGAGUUGCUGACGAAGCGACCCAUCGGUAUUUUGAGAUUACUCGACUCGGAGUGCUCGAGAGGCUUUGUGGCUUCCGAUGGAGCUAAACUAGUGGCCAAGGUCAACAAGGCGCACGCGUCGUCUCCGUUCUUCGAAGUUUGUGGGCCCGCGUCCGUGUGGCGGAGGAAGGACGGUAGUCGGACGGAGGAUGCCGACUUUCUCGUGCACCACUUCGCGGGGCCCAUCGUGUAUACCGUGUCGUCGUUUGUGGAGAAAAAUAGAGAUGCGCUCUUCCCCCACGUCUACGACGUGCUGCAUGCAUCAUCUGAUUCGCUGAUCCAGGCCUGCUUUCCCGAGCGGGAGGAGGUGCAGUCGAAGAAGGAGACGGUCGCUAAUAAAUAUUUGUCGCAGCUCGUGCGGACGCGGCGUCCGUUACCAUGACGCGAUACGCCGUCGAUGCGGCCGUGAGAGAUUCUACGCGUCUCGCGUCGAUGGCGUCUUCGUGAGACCGCGUCGCCGCGACGUCGUCGACGCGGCCGCGAGAUAAUCACGCGUCCGCGCGCGCAGGCGUCACUCACGGCCACUCUAAGGGAGUCCUCGACGCGAUUCGUGAGAUGCAUCAAGACGAACUCCGAGAAGCAGCCCCAGAAGUUAGAUAAGCCCGCCGUUUUAUCGCAGUUGGUCUGUAGUGGCGUGAUGGCCGCUCUGGAAGUUCGCAGAGCUGGAUUCCCCACGCGCGUGCCGUAUCGCGAGUUCGUAAGGGAGUUCCGGGCCUUUACGCCGCGAGGUGCGGCCAUCACGGACCCGAAACAACUAGCCCAUGCGAUGAUGCGCCACCCCCACGUCGCGGAGCGCGUGCCUUCCUCAGCUUAUCGGUUGGGCGCUUCCAAAUUAUUUAUGCAGUCGGAGGUGCUGUAUCAAUUACAAAGUAUCAGGAACGCCAUGCUCUACCCAUUCGUUAGACGUUUGCAGCGGUGGUGGGUCAAGCUCCAAGGUUCUAUCUUGCAACGAAAGCUCAAGAGGUGCGGCGCCGAUCUGCGCGACGCGUCGUCGGAGGCGGCCAUCAAGGGCGUCAAUUGCGUCGCGUUUGUCCGAGAUGCCCUCCAGAAGUGCGAGGCUUCCUUAGCGAAAGCUAAUCUACUGAUCAACAAGCCGGCCGAGGCCGCCGAGGCGCUCUCGUCGUUACGUGCGGAGAUCGCAAAAGCAACAGAGAUCGUGAAAGCCGCCGUCCAGAAGAAGGAGGAGGCCUACCGUAUUAGAGCGGAGUUCCUCGCGGAAAUUGAUGACGCCUACUCGCGGUGCAAGGCUCUCCGGACGAUCGCGAACGGGUUAUACGCGCCGCGAGACGCGGAGGGUCUCACGGACGCCUGUGUUGAUGCUGAGGGCAAGUUGGGUGCCUGUCGCACGGAGUUGUUAACUGUAGCCGCCCAGUGGGACCAAGGUGCAUUAGCUUUAUCUGGUUCGCAAGGCCCCCACUCGCUACGAAAGGGCGCGAUGCAGUCCAUGAAGAACAUUUCUUCCAAACAAGAUACGCACGAGCACCGACGAGCUAGGUUAGAUACUGCUCUCAAGUCCGUAAGGGAGGCCGAAUCACUCUCGCAGAAGAUGCUCGAACGCCAAAGAUUACUAGAUGAGGCUCGAAGGGAGUUCCAGGCUGCCUUGGAUGCGGCUUCUGAAAGGUUAGCUAUCAUACCCGUCGAGCAGUUCAUUAUUCAAGGCAUUCGAGCGGUGCCCGACGCUGUGGUCGAAGCUAGAGACGCGAUCUAUGAGGCCCAGAAGACGCUGCAAGGGUCCGAUUCCGCGCCGAUCAAAGAAGCAGUGACAAAUGCCCAAGCGAGCGUCGACAAGGCGUUGGCGCGAGCCGAGUCCGAAGCUCUGAGAUUGCGAGCCAUGACCGAUUUAGAUGAGUGCGAGAAGACGUUGGUGCAGAUCGGUCAUGAAGUGAGAGAAGGUGGGUUUGAAGAACGUAUUGGAGACCUCCUCACGCACGGUGAAAAGUUAGUACAAGAUGCCCGAGCCGUUGCGGACGCUCCCGACGUCGCUACGCUCGUGCGAGCGGCGAGAGGCGCCGUGGACGCCGUGAACCAUGCCGGCGAACAGCUCGAGAAGGCCCAAGCUCAGAAGAGGGCGGAGGAGAAGGCGCGCUUCAACAAGUUGUUGGGACGGUUCCAGCGCAUGGACGAGGCGAACAGCGGCCGGGGCGUGCCCAAGUUCGCGCGGAAGGCGGGCGGCGGCGUCCAGAAGCCCCUGUUCAAGGUCAAGCGCGUGUCUACCGUGCCCGUCGAGGCGCCGCCGCCGCCUCCUGUUCAACCGAGGAUCAUCCCCAAAGCGCCGAAGUCUCCUUUAACGCCGCGCAACGUCAGCCCGCCGGACACGCCCGCUGCGGCGACGCCCGCCACGGUCACGAAAACGAGUGUGCAGACGCCGGCCGGCGGCCACACGCUCGACUCCUGGAUCGCGGCGAAGAACCUGGGCAAGUACGCGACGCAACUCCACGACCUCGCGGGAGAUCUCCAUGAUCUGCAGGAGAUGACCGACGCCGACGCCGACGAGCUGGCCCAGGAGUGCGCCAUGCCGAAGCUCGCGGCGCGGCGCUUCAAGAAAGCUUUAUUGGAGCUCGGCGCGCCGGUGCACCCCUAGACUUUGGUGGCGGUCAAGCAAGCCACCUCUCGUAGACGCCGCGUUCAUCCCUUCCCGGGUAAGCACGGUGUUGCCUGUAGUUUUCUACUCGCGUCGAUUGAUCGGCACGGGUUUUUCAUGCCGAUUUGCGCGUGACGCGACUCUGGUCUCGCUGGACGCUCCUG